AUGUUGAGACAUCCAAAAUACUUGUAUGGCCCAGAUACGCAUCUUAUACCGGUUAAAUUAAAUUUGGGUGAAUUUUUAAUUCGAAGACUAAACGAACAUGGAAAUAAGAUUGCUAUGAUUAAUGGUGCUACUGAUGAGACACUUACAUAUAACAAAAUGGUUCAAAUGUCCAUGAACAUCGCCGUUUCUUUAGUUCGCAUUGGCGUGAAAAGGGGAGAUGUUGUGGGGAUAUGUUCUGAGUCAAGAUUGGAAAACUGGUGCACUGUAAUUGGAAUAGCUUGCACUGGGGCCGUGAUGACGCCUUUUAGUAUUGGAUACGUAAGAGAUGAACUAAAACACGUAAUGAACAUAUCGAAACCAAAGUUCCUCUUCUGUUCGAUGCAAGGCUAUAAGGCACAUGAGACCAUUUUCAAGACUUUGAACUUUAUUAAACAAAUAAUAUUAUUUGGAGAUCAAAGGCUGGAUGGUGCUUUACUUUUUAAAGACCUAGCAACUGCAGGGCCAAAUGCGAUAAUAUCCAAGAAUGUGAAAUUCGAAGAGUUUCAAGGGGUCGAAGUGGAGGGGCAGUCUGAAACAGCUUUUAUCAUGUAUUCAUCUGGUACGACUGGACUACCAAAGGGUGUUGUGCUAAGCCACUUAAAUGUAAUAGUAUCAAGCUCCUUACCUGGUGUGGUUGAUCCAAAACUGACGAUUUUGAAUAUUACCCCGUGGUAUCAUGCCAUGGGACUGAUGACUGGACUCAUCUUUUUAUGUAAUGGAUGCAAAGUGGUGUUUCUGACCAAGUUCGAGAUGGAAUUAUAUUUGAGGUCUAUAGAAAAGCACAAGGUUAAUUACCUAUUGUUGGUACCACCGGUGAUUCUUGCGCUCACGAAAACACCUUUGAAUUACGAUAUCAGUUCAGUUAAAAUAAUUCUAAGUGCGGCCGCUGUACUGCGAAAAGAGAUUAUUAACGCUACCAAAGAGAAGUUUAAGAAUUUAAUAGAUGUUUACCAAGGCUAUGGGAUGACAGAAGCUACAGCUGUCGUGACGCUGAAUUCUUUCAUUGGUGGGAAAAAAUGUAGACUUGGCAGUGUAGGAGAAGUAACUAGCGAUACAGUAGUUAAGAUUGUGGACGUGGAAACACGUGAACCAUUAGGACCAAAUCAGAAUGGAGAAAUAUGUGUUAAGGGUCCAAUGAUUAUGAAGGGUUAUAUAGGAAAAGAGAGAAGUGAAGAUUUCGAUGAAGAAGGAUUCUUUAAAACUGGUGAUAUUGGGUACUAUGAUGAGGAUAAAUAUUUGUACAUUGUAGAUCGGUUGAAAGAGUUAAUCAAGUACAAGGGUUAUCAGGUUCCUCCAGCGGAGAUAGAAGCAGUGCUACUGCAACACGAGGGAGUUCGCGACGUAGGCGUUGUGGGGAUGCCUCACGAAUCGGCAGGCGAAGUACCUCUCGCAUUCGUAGUGCUUCAAACUGGUGUUGAACUCACGGAAAAAGAGCUUCAACAAUUCGUGGCUGAAAGGUUAUCCAAUCCAAAACAUUUGCGUGGGGGAGUGCGAUUUGUCAAGGAGAUACCAAAAAACCCGAGUGGAAAAAUUCUACGAAGACUUCUUCGGGGAAUGUUGAAGAAAAACUUUAACCAUUUGUAA